AUGAGGGCGAUGCGUGAGGCAAAGACAAGGGCAAAGUACAUGGAAAUUGGGGGAAGUCUUGGAAAUGUGAAUGGGGCUACAGGGGAGGCAGAGCUUGCACGUGGAAUACGUAAAUCGAAGAAAUGUGAGUGCAAUGCUAGGGUUUAUGGGAGUUUAAACGUUGAUGGGCUGUGGACUUUGAGAACCGUUGUGUUGGAGUAUACUCAUACUCUAUCUCCUAGUAUGGCAAAUUUGGUUAAAGAGUAUCGUAUGAAGAAGUUGACUUCAACGGUACGAAGGAGGUUGAUUAAAUUUUUUGAGGAAGGUCUCUUCGUAUCCCAAAUUCCUGGUUGUUUAGGCACUGAGAAUGCAAACUUACCAAGUGUUAAGGAUCUUCAGCAUGAAGUGUACAAGCAAAGGCGGCUGAAGAUGGCCGGUGGAGAUGCACGAGCCAUGAUGGACUACUUUGAUUACAUGCAAGCAGAUAAUCAGAAUUUUUACCAUGCAAAUAGGUUGGAUGAUGAUGGUCGGUUAAAAGAUGUCAUGUGGGUGGAUGCAAGGAGUCGUGUUGCUUAUGAAGACUUUGGAGACGUGGUUUGCUUCGAUGCCACAUACUUAACAAAUGAGUACGAGCUACCCUUUGCAAAUUUUGUCGGGGUCAAUCACCAUGGCCAGUCUAUUCUGUUAGGGUGUGCCCUCAUUUCCAGGGAAGAUUGUGAUACCUACAGAUGGAUCUUUGAACAAUGGGUAUCUUGUAUGGGUAAUAAAGCUCCAAAAUCCAUCCUCACCGAUCAAGCAGCUUCUAUGCGGAAGCCCUUAGCUGAAGUGAUGCCUAAUACACGCCAUCGAUGGUGUAUAUGGCAUAUUAUGCGGAAAUUUCCAGAGAAACUUGGCAAGUGUGCCUUGUACGAUGAUUUCAACAACCCUUUGAAGAAUAUAAUAUAUGACAGCUUCACUGUAGAAGAAUUUGAAACUCGAUGGUGUGAAGCAAUGAAGCUGUAUGGGUUGGAGGACAAUGAAUGGCUGCAAGAUUUAUUUAUUGAGAGGCACAUGUGGGUGCCGACUUACAUGAAAGAGUACUUUUGGGCAGGUAUGAAAACUACACAGAGGGUAGAGAGCAUUAACCGUUUUUUCGAUGGCUUUGUCACCCGUAAAACAAAACUGUUCGAGUUUCCUGAAAAAUAUAACAAAGCGAUGAAGAAGCGGGUUACGGAUGAGAAAGAUGCUGACGCAAGGGAUUCCAAGUACAUUAGACGACUUGUGAGUGGAUUCAAAGUGGAACAGUAUUUUAAAAAAAUAUAUACUGAUGCGAAGUUUCAAGAAAUUCAAAAAGAAUGUGCAAGGAUGUUAUAUGUUCAGAUCAAGGAGAAGAAAAUUAUCAGUGAAGUUGAAAUUCAGUACUUGGUUUUAGAUCGCGUUUGGGUUGUUCGAGAAGGUUCAAAUGAGGAAAUCAUCACUGAUUCCAGGAGGAAGUUUGAAAAGGAUGGGAUCCUUUGUAAACAUGUCAUUAGAGUCUGGGAUGAAAACUUGGUGACAGAAAUUCCAUCGGAAUUUGUUCUAAAUCGGUGGCGAAAGGAUGUGUUAAGGAAGCACACUCGCGUCAAAGUUUCUUACCAUGACCCUACUCAAACCAUGGAAUGUGUGCGAUACAACAAGCUAAUUCCAGACCUUGAGGCAUUGUGUGAUGAAGCAGCUGCCGUUGAUGACGAAACAGUUGAGGCAGUUAGACAAGCAGUGACGAAGAUCCGAGUAGAAGUUAGUGAGCGUCGUGCAAAACUCAUGAAUAGAAAUGGGCCUGGAUCAGAAAUAGGGUCAUCAAAUCCACCUCCACCGGAAGGCACUCCUAAGUCUGUACCCAAGAACUGUAACGUUGUUGAAUGGGGUAGUAAAGGUAUACCCAACACUUCUGAAAUCAAUGGAGGAAAAAGUUUAGGAAAUGCUAUCCUCAACCCAGUCACUCAAAAGAAGCCUAGAGGUCGGCUACAGGGGUCAAGGAACAAGACGUUGUCUGAAUUAGGAUACAAUGCAGCCAAAGGGAAAAACACUAAGAGAGCCCAGAAACAACCACAUUUAGGAUAUGUAGACGAAUCACUCCAACCAACUAAAAUGCCGGUGAAGAGGAGGAAACAACCGAACCCUUACACUGAGUUCUACGCUGCCACUCCUGCUGAUGAUGUUCCAUGUGAUGAUUUUGAGCUCAACAUGUCCACCCAGGAGUGGACCAGUGACCACCAAAUGCUCUUUCAUUAA